CCUACAAGGCAACAGAAGCACAGGAACUGCAGAGUCAGAGCUGUUUGUCACUGCACUGCAGAGCUCACUGUCAUCUCCCUGCAGAGCUGUAUGUUAUGCAAUGCACAGCCGAGUUGUGUUCUCCCCAGCAACGUAAGGACACCUCCCUGCAGCUGAUCCCAAAGGCAUUUCCCUUCUGCACCGCUUUCUUAUGGGCAGCUGCACACCCAGGCUCCGCCUCUGCUGCACACACUCUCAAAGGUCUAUUUGCAAGACUGGACUUAUAGGAAAUGCUGCAUUGCUCUGCACUGAUAUAAGUCUGCCAUCUGUCUUCCCGUGCAAAAGUGACAGGACCCACGAGUGGCAUUUUACCAGAAUGAUUCUGCAAUCCCUUCAUUGUAUGUUGUUGCUGUCAAUGAGGACUUUGGUGCUGAAUGAAUGGGACUGAGUAAGGCUCAUUUCAGAUGGAUGGCAAUUAUUAUAGUUAUACAGGGACUUUGGUUAAGGUCAUAAGGCCAUAUAUAUACUUACAAUAAGGUCCAUAUAGUAUCAUUAUGUACUCUCUCUGAGCUUAUCAAACUUCUGAGAAUUGUUUUUCUACUGGAUGUGUGCAGAGCAACUGCUGAAUUAACCAAAAGCAAUAUUCUAUUCUGUAUAAUGCUUGCCUAGGUCUGUUACCAUGCUCACGUUAAACCGCCUUCUGCGCCAUUUCACUAUGCUUUCUGCCAACCUGUGUACACAAAACUACAGAACAUGUUCCUCUACUACUGCCAGGAGAUUGCGGGUGCUGGUAGACAUGGAUGGGGUGCUGGCAGACUUUGAAGGUGGUUUCUUGAAGAAAUUCCAAGCUCGGUACCCUGAGGAACCCUAUAUUACACUUGAGGAUCGCAGAGGAUUCUGGGUAUCCGAACAAUAUGAACAUUUGAAGCCUGGGCUAGAUAAGAAAGCUACCAGUAUAUGGGAGGCAAAGAAUUUUUUCCUGGACCUUGAUCCUAUUGAAGGUGCAGUGGAGGCUGUGAAAGAGAUGGCAAAUUUGGCAAA